AUGUCUACAUUUACUUCUUCUCCAGAAAAGACAGAAGCCCCUUCGGAAGUUGCAGAGGUUGGUUCAAAAGUCGAUGUUGUAAAGGAGGAAGUUGGCAAAGCAAUGAAUGUCCUGAAGGGAGCUAUCGAAGCUAAAGGCAAGGAAGCAGAAGGCGUUGUAAAUCAGAAAGCUGAAGAGAUCGGUAAGAAAAUUGAGGAGACUGUAAAUACGGGACUUCCGCAAGUACGCACAUUCAAAGAUGAUGUCAUCGUGAGUGGCAAAGAAGUUAAAGAUGUCACUGAUAAGAAACUGAAAGAAGCUGGGGAGAAAGUUCAGACACAAGUUGAUGAAGGUCGAUUGGAAGUGGAGAGUAUUCUUUCUCGUCUAUCUCCAGCUGGUAAAUCAGAAGAACAGAGUCCAGAGGUUGAAAUUACUCCAAAACCUGUUAAAACAAGCCUUCUAGCAUCUCUUGAGAAGCGUAAAAUGCAGAGGGAAGAGGUGGAGGAAAGGGAUUCCUCUCCAUCUCGUGGUGUGUCGAAUGUGUUGGAAAGUAUUGCUGUAGGUUCUGCUGCGAUUAGGUCUCAAGAAGCAGCGAGUUUGAUGUCUACAUUUACUUCUUCUCCAGAAAAGACAGUAGCCCCUUCGGAAGUUGCAGAGGUUGGUUCAAAAGUCGAUGUUGUAAAGGAGGAAGUUGGCAAAGCAAUGAAUGUCCUGAAGGGAGCUAUCGAAGCUAAAGCCGAGGAAGCAGAAGAGGUGGCAAAUAAAAAGUUGUAUGGAAUUGGUGAGAAGGUUCAAGGAAAAUUUGAAAAUUGA